AUGCUGCUGCGGCUUGGAGACGUGGUCAUGGUGAUCAAGUGGAAACCCCAGGAAACCUUCAACCAGAUCCAGUCCAGCCCCCUCCUGUGCGACCCUGUGGAGGAGAGGAAUAGCACCAAUCCCACAAGGACUCCGAGGCUGCCGGAUGCGACCAGCGCCGCCUGGUACAUCAUUGCCAUCAUCGGCAUCUACGGUGUGAUCUUCAUCUUCCGGCUGGCCAGCAACAUCCUCAGGAGAGAUGAGAGGUCCUUGGAGGACGCUUAUUAUUCAAAUUUAACCUCUGAGCUCAAGAGGAAAGGGUUUCAGAGCAAGUGCUCCCUCGUCAUCAGCAAUCCAGCUACCCUUCAGCCUCAAGGCGGCUUGGAACCGAAGGGUGAGGACCACAUUCACAUAGGGACCCAUUUAGUCCCUUGA